UCAUCAAACAUUAGUCGUAGUAGUAGUUUGCGUUUUCGUUUUUCUGUGCUUUCACUUGGUUGCUAAGAAACAUAAAGAAGAGUGAAGCAAUCAGAAAAAAAUAAUUAUAAUUUCAAUCCAAAAUAGGAAGACCCAUGAUUUUUGUUUUUGUUUUUGUUUGGGUGCUAGUUUGUCUUACCCUUUUACUUGUAUUUAUACAAAUUUAUAUCCUUUUUCGUUUUUAUUUUUCAGGUUAAAUUUUUUGCAUUGCAAUGCCGGAUGUUCAGGUUCUUGUUAAUGAUUUUGUGAAUCAGCUUAAAAAACGUAAACUUGAAGGUUCACAGGCCACGGCAAAGCAGACAGCAGAAUUGCUUCGGUCUGUGAUUUCGCAGCAGCGAGUGCCUCGCACGAACCAGGCUGCAGCUCUGAUUGAUGCUGUGAGGGCUGUCGGAGAGCAUCUUAUUGCUGCAAAUCCUGUUGAGCUAGCUGUGGGCAAUGUUGUGAGGCGUGUUUUGCACAUUAUAAGGGAGGAGAAUCUUUCCUUUGCGACAGCUGCUAUUGCUGGUUUGGGACUUUCUGCAGCAAGUGAUGACGAAGAUGAUUUGGAGCGAGAUGAUCAUCCUGUUUUAUCUGCUGCUGCUGUUGCAGCUGCUGCGAGAAGCACCUUGCGUCCACCGUCAUUGCAAACACUUCUAGAGGAUGUGCCUGAUUUAACUGCUGUUCCACUCACAUCUUCAUCAGGGGGUGAAUCUGAAGGAAAAAGCAAAUCUGUUGAAAAAGGUUCAGGUGGUCGGAAGCUAAAGCAUGAUGUUAUUGAAGCAGUUAAUGAACUUAUUCAAGAUAUUGCCACUUGCUAUGAACAAAUAGCUGAGCAAGCAGUAGAGCACAUUCAUCACAAUGAGGUAAUAUUAACACUAGGAAGUUCAAAAACAGUACUGGAAUUUCUUUGUGCUGCAAAGGAAAAAAAGCGAUCAUUUCGGGUCUUUGUUGCUGAGGGUGCCCCAAGGUAUCAAGGGCAUCUUCUUGCCAAAGAAUUGGCAGCAAGAGGCUUACAGACCACUGUAAUUACCGAUUCUGCAGUUUUUGCUAUGAUAUCCCGAGUGAACAUGGUUAUCAUUGGAGCUCAUGCUGUCAUGGCUAAUGGUGGAGUUAUUGCCCCAGUUGGGUUGAAUAUGCUCGCGCUUGCAGCUCAAAGGCAUGCUGUUCCUUUUGUUGUACUUGCUGGGAGUCACAAGUUGUGCCCUUUGUAUCCGCACAAUCCUGAAGUCUUAUUGAAUGAGCUUGGAUCUCCAUCUGAGCUGCUAGACUUUGGAGAAUUCUCAGAUUGCAUGGAUUCUUCGAGUGGCACUGGUUCUCUUCAUGUUGUUAAUCCUACCUUCGAUUAUGUGCCACCAAAGCUUGUUAGUCUCUUUAUAACUGACACAGGAGGGCAUAACCCUUCAUAUAUGUACCGGCUCAUAGCUGAUUACUACUCUGCUGAUGAUUUGGUGGUGAAACGAAGACCUACAGGGAGUUGAGUCAGCUCCAUUAAUUUUUGUCCUAUAAUGAUUUCAUGAUGAAGUUCUCUGAUAAACCAUGGACCUAGAGAUGUGUUCAAGAUCAUUUGUGCUGAAGAAAAUGAAUCUUGCAUAAUACUGGGGAUUGGUGUGGUUAAAUUAUCCUGGUGAAACCAUAUGAGAAAAUAUCAAGUGACAAAACUAGUGGGUGAGAUUUAGCCAUUUUCAAUUUUGUGGUUGCUGAUCAACAGGACCAAUUACACCUAAGUCUUGAAGUUAGGUGCAAUUUGCAAUGGUGUUUGUGUACAUGUUAACCAGUACUUUUUGUCACUUUUGAGAUGUUCAAUGUAGCCUAUGACUGUUGUCGUCCUCAAGCAUGCUGGAAUAAAUCUUUGGUGCUACUGCAGUAUCAAGAUUCGGUAUACCUCAUCAAUGGGAACAUUACAUAUUAUAGGAGAGAGAAAAAAUUUGGCAGAGAAAAGACAACUUUAGCUGAGAUGUAAUAUUUCUAUUGGUGGAAUAUACUGAAUCUUUGGUGUAAGAGUAGUACCAAAGAUUUAUUAAGCAUAGCCAUGAACCUCGAAAUAUGUGAAUUGAAUUGCAGUUGUUAUUGCACCUGUUGUUCCUCAAACUGUUGUACCAUGCGAAAGUGCUGCUUCGUCAUGAUUAUAUUUUCAGCCUUUUGUGACAGAUUAGAGGUAU